AUGCCUCCUGCUAUGACCGACCUUGUGGACAUAUGGGCAGCCCACUCGCCGCUGGAUGGACAGGCGCCAGUCCAUGUCACCAUGGACUUUCUGCUGCCCACUGGAAUCUACAUCCAAAUGGAGGUCCCACGAGAGGCCACGAUUCAACAUAUCAAACUACUCUUAUGGAAGCAGGCCAAGUCAUUCCCUCUAUCUUCAUUCCUCGGCGAAAUGGAGAGCCACAUGUUCGAGUGUGUCAACCAGGCAGCCGUACAUGAAGAGCUGGAGGACGAAACCCGCCGACUAUGUGACGUUCGGCCUUUUCUGCCGGUCUUUAGGCUGGUGACUCGCAACUGCGGGCGAGCAGAGCGCCUGCUGGAUUCCAAAAUUGGAGUAAUCAUUGGAAAGGGUCUCCACGAACUAGAUGGCAUCAAUGACCAGGAAGUGAAAGACUUUCGCAGUAAAAUGCAGCGUCUGAGUGAGGAGAGGAUGCAGCGUGUGCAGAUGAUGUCCUUCACGGAGUGGCUGCAGGCCUGCUUUUCCCCACAGCUGGAGCCCAGUGCCGGGACGGCCAUCGCAGACGGAGCCAACGACUGGCCUGCAGACCUGAAAGUCAUUAUUCACUUUGACCAGUCCCAGGAUUCCACCAGUCUGAAGGUCCCGUCAUCUUGCACCCCGUCCGUGUUGAUCGAGAUCGCUUUGAAAAAGUGGCAGACCACUCAUGCACCCGAAGAAGAGACGAACAAAGACAAGCACAUCCUGAGAGUUAGCCAGUGCCUGGACUUCCUCUGUGGAGACCACCCCUUAAUCCAAUAUAAGUACAUCCGCUCAUGCCUUCAAGCCAAGGAGUCCCCCCACCUCACCCUGGUCCACAUCAACGCAGUGAAGACCAUAUUCGACAAGGAAAACGCCGCCAUUGGGGCAGUGGUCAGCCGCAAGUCCUCCAACCCUCCUUUACCUUUGCCUCCCAAGAAACGGGCUCCCACGCAAGUCCAGACGUGUGUGUGGGAUGUGUCGAGACCAUUUAAGGUAGUACUCGUAAAAGGCAGCACAGUGAAUGCAGAUGAAAACGCCAAGGUCCAGGUGAGGGCGGGUCUUUUUCACGGGACAGAACUGCUCUGUAAGCCCGCCGUGAGCAGCGAGAGCAGCGGGCGCUCCAAUCACUCCUUGGAGAACAACACGCUGGAGUUUGAGAUCUCGGUCUGCGACCUCCCGCGCAUGACUCGCCUCUGCUUUGCUAUUUAUGCCAUUAUGGAGAAGGUCAAAAAGAAGUCCUACAAAAACCCUCACAUUAACAAGUACCAAACCAUCCGCAAGGCAGGAAAGGUGCACUACCCCAUUGCUUGGGUCAACACUAUGGUGUUUGACUACAAAGGGCAGCUGAAGACUGGAGACAUGAUCCUGCAUUGCUGGUCUUCCUUUCCUGAUGAACUUGAAGAGAUGCUGAACCCAAUAGGAACUGUUCGGAUCAACCCGUACCCUGAGAAUGCCACAGCGCUGCACAUCCACUUCCCAGAUUAUGGACCACAUCCCAUCGUCUUUCCUCCUUUUGACAAGAUACUGGAGAAGGCAGCAGAGAUUGCUGGAUCGAGUGACAGCACACCCAUAGGUCGUGGAGGUAAGAAGUUCCACAUAGAACUGAAGGAGAUCAUGGAGCGCGACCCACUCUCCCAGCUGUGUGAGAACGAGAAGGAUUUAAUCUGGACACUACGCUUAGACUGUCGGGAGAAUUUUCCACAGUCUCUUCCGAAGCUGCUGCUCUCUGUGAAAUGGAGCAAACACGAGGACAUGGCCCAGCUGCAGGCACUUCUUCAGAUCUGGCCCAAGCUGAGUCCCAGAGAUGCUCUGGAGCUUCUCGACUUCAACUACCCUGAUCAGUAUGUCAGAGAAUAUGCCGUCAGCUGCCUCCGGGAUAUGAGUGAUGAGGAACUGUUGCAGUACCUGCUGCAGUUGGUGCAAGUGUUGCGUUAUGAGCCCUACUACGACUGCGCCCUCACCCAUUUCCUGCUUGAACGCGCCCAAAAGAAUCGCAAAAUAGGACAUUUUCUCUUUUGGCACUUAAGGUCAGAGAUCCACAUGCCUGCAGUCUCCAUCCAGUUUGCCCUCAUCCUAGAAGCAUAUUGUAGAGGCAGCAUUCCUCAUAUUGAGGUUCUAAAGAAACAGGUGGAGGCUUUGAGUAAACUAAAGUCCGUCAAUGAGCUCAUUAAGCUGGGAACAAUUAAGAACACUCGUAGCAAAACCAAGGAGGCCAUGCUGACCAAGGAAGCCAUGAUCACAUGUCUAAAACAGAGUGGCUACUCGGAGGCUCUGUCGGACCUGCACUCCCCCCUGAACCCCAACGUCCUGCUGUCAGACAUCAACGUGGAAAAGUGCCGCUACAUGGACUCCAAGAUGAAGCCCCUUUGGAUUGUUUACAACAACAAGCUGAUGAGCAGCGACACUCUGGGAAUCAUCUUCAAAAACGGAGAUGAUCUGAGACAAGACAUGCUGACCUUGCAGAUUCUGAGGUUGAUGGAUCUUCUGUGGAAGGAGGCCAACCUGGACCUCAGAAUUGUGCCGUAUGGUUGCCUAGCAACAGGCGAUCGGGCUGGGUUGAUAGAGGUGGUCUCGUCAGCAGACACAAUUGCAAACAUUCAGCUGACCAGCAGCAAUGUCGCAGCAGCUGCAGCAUUCAACAAGGACGCCCUGCUUAACUGGCUCAAAGAGAGGAAUUCUGGAGAUGCUCUGGAGCGAGCCAUCGAGGAGUUCACUCUGUCGUGUGCAGGCUACUGUGUAGCCACCUACGUCCUGGGCAUCGGAGACCGCCACAGUGACAACAUCAUGGUCCGCAGCACCGGACAGCUCUUCCACAUUGACUUUGGUCACAUUCUGGGAAAUUUCAAGUCCAAGUUUGGAAUCAAGAGGGAGCGAGUGCCAUUUAUCCUCACGCACGACUUCAUCCACGUCAUUCAGCAGGGCAAGACCGGAUACACUGAAAAGUUUGGCAGUUUCCGGCAAUACUGUGAAGAGGCUUAUCUGGUCCUGAGGAAGAAUGGCAACCUCUUCAUCACACUGUUUGCCCUCAUGCUGACUGCUGGCUUACCUGAACUCACCUCAGUCAAAGACAUCCAAUACCUAAAGGACUCACUGGCCUUGGGGAAGUCUGAUGAAGAGGCCCUCAAGCAGUUCCGCCAAAAGUUUGAUGAAGCCUUGAGGGAGAGCUGGACGACCAAGGUGAACUGGAUGGCCCACAACGUCGCCAAGGACAACCGCUCCUAGGAGCCCAAAGGAGCCGUGAAUGCGGGCUCCCAAGAGACACUUUGAGGGAAUAUGUGGAAAUCCCAGGAUCUGCCGAGAAGACGGGGUAAUGGAUGCCCUGCACAAAGAAGGGAAUGGAGCUGUAGUUUGGAAUUGAUUUUGCUGUUCAAUGCAGAUUGUCCUUGCCGCCCGCUUUGUUGCAGUCUGGCUGCUGUUGAGCGUCCAGGCCAACAGGCCUCUCUGUGGAGGCGCUGCUUGUGCUGGCUUUGCACGUUUGGUCAGCCACAACAGCCGCUAAAGAAGGGAACUGAGGCCCUGCGCCUUCACCAAGCACACAGAGCGGGCUAUCGCAACACUUCACUAAAGCAAGCCUGAGAUCCACCGGUUGGUCCAUGCUUGGCUGUUCUGAGCGAUACGGUCCACUGAUGGGACAGUCAUGAGACUUUGUGCACAGCUACACCCUCUCCCUCUGUCCUCAUGUGAACCUCCAAAAUGUCACAAGGUGGCACCAUUUCUGAGGUUUGUUUAUUGUUGUUUUUGUUUGCAAUGACAGAAUUGAUCAUGUGACAGAGACUGCUUGGGGGGGACCAAUGAGAGAAGACGCCCUGAGCCUUUGGGUCCACCGUUUGGAUCAAAGUUCACGUGGACCUGUUGAACACUGGAAUGUUUUCAUGCAGUAACUUAUAAAGUCUUUUAAUAAUCUAAAGGUUUUUUUUUAAUAUCAUUUUUUAAGACUCUGAAAUCCAAAGCGUCGUUGUCACUACCCGUUCUCUCUUCAGCUUCUCCAAACGGCCCUUUGGAAGAACUCACUGCAGCCAAGCCGUUUAAGCUUUUAGGAGCAAAUGUUCAAUCCAGAUCUCCUUUUCAGAUUGUGUGUAAACCAUCUGUUUCCAAACUGAAUGUGUGUGUAUGUCCUGGAUAUUCAGAGGACCUGUUUUAUAUCAGCAGAUGUGGGCGGGGCCUGCGGGCAGUAUCUCUUUAUCUGUGGCAAAAGUGUACACGAGAUGCGAAGCUGCUUCCUCCAGCGCUGUGCCGGCGUCCUGCAUCUGUGUUUGAUUCUGUGCAAUACCCCACUAUCUGAUCCAUCGUCACGAUGGUCCUGGAGCGGCUUUUCGGGGGGAGGAUUCUCUCACCGGCAGCCCUUUCCAACCCCCAGACACUGGAUUUAGUCAAACGGAAAGGCUUUUGUUGUUUUGCUGGCUUUAUUGUUUUCAUAGGAGUUUUAUUAAAGUUAUUUUCGUGUCUGUGCCG